AUGGUGUACAACGUCCCCCCGGAGGAAAGCGAGCCCGUCGUCACCAACCACAUCAACGGCACCACCGAAGAGAUCCUCGCUCGAUACUGCAUUACCGAACUGUGCAAGGGCUGGCCGGUAUACCGUGACGCUUCCGAAUGGCAGAACUACCGCAGCCUGUUCACCAAGGAGGGCGCAUAUGUUUGGACCACAUGGUCCGGUGGCCUCUCCAUUGAAGACUUCAUCAAGGUCUCGAUCAAAGGCCGCGCCAACGGCGACUUCAUCAUGCACCGUGAGAACGGCACGCUCGCCAACGUCAACCUUGCCAAACAGCGAGGCGUGGGCAAGAUGAAGGCGACCAUCACCCAACGGUUCACCAUCCAAGACAUCCCCGUCGACGUCGAGUGCGACUGUCGAUUCAUCUUCUUCUGCAAGAUCGAGGACGGCGAGUGGAAGACCCAGUUCGUCAAGCUGUUCUACGAGAAGGACAAGAUGAUCCCCGUCGACGGCAAGACCGUGCCCCAUUUCCCCAAGGAGGAGCUGCAGAAGUAUACCGAGGGCUACCAGUAUCUGGCCGUGGCGCAGAACAGCUUGGGCCACCCGAUCUUGAACGACUUGCCCAACGCUGGUAACAAGGGCUGGUAUGAUAUGUACGAGGCUAUGGCUUCUUGGUUGCAGGGCGAAGAGAUCGAUCUUUUCUGGGAGAAGAAGUGA